AUGGGCGAAAAGAAGAAGUUCAAGGUUGCCAUCGUCGGUGCUGGUAUCGGUGGUCUAAGUCUCGCUUUAUCGCUCUUGAAACUGAGCACGGACAUCGAUGUUGACCUUUACGAGUCCGCCGCUCAAUUGACGGAGAUAGGGGCCGGCUUGAGUUUAUGGCCGCGGAUUGAGGGUAUAUUGCAAAGUCUUGGGAUAGAUGACGAUGUGAAGGCAUUCACGAUGCAUAAUCAAUUUGUCAGCUUUAAUUUCCGGAGAUCGGACCAGGAGAAUACAAUCGCAUUUGGCGAAGAGAACGAGAGAGGCAAGUUCUUCCGUCUCAUGAUCCAGCGUUCUGUCCUUCGCAAGCACAUCUCGUCCUCAUUCCCCAUUCACUUCUCCAAGAGGCUUGAAUCCUACUCAGAAUCAAGCACAGGGCAGAUAACCCUUAGUUUCCUUGAUGGAUCCACGGAAACGUGUGAUGUCCUCGUUGCGUGCGACGGUAUCAAAUCCGUUGUGCGUCGGACCAUGUUCACCACUCUUUCAGAGCAGGCAGAGCAUCGUGGGGACCCUCAGGCGGCUGCGAAGUUUGCAUCUUACGUGGAGCCCGUGUGGAGCGGAUCCAUUGUAUACCGAUCUCUCGUUAAGACUGAGGCUCUGCAGAAGGCCCACCCAGAGCACAUAGCUGUGAAAUCGCCCAUACUGGCUUUCGGCAAAGACAAGCAUCUCGUAAUCUAUCCAGUUUCGAAAGGAAGCUUACUCAACGUGGUCGCCUUCUCUACCAAUCCGGAAAAUGAAGGCACUUUUGUUCCUCAACCGUGGGUGAAGAUGUCCUCCAAGGAGCAGCUCCUUGCCGAAUAUCAAGGGUGGGACCCGGAAACGCAAGCGUUGCUGAACUGCGCAGACAAUGUUUCGACCUGGAUACUCCACACUGUUCCGGUGCUGUCUACCUAUGUUAGCGGACGAGUGGCCCUACUUGGUGACGCUGCGCAUGCUAUGACUCCACAUCAAGGUUCCGGAGCAGGGCAAGCUUUUGAGGACGCUUUCAUUCUCGCGAAUAUUCUCAGUCAGCCCACUGUCACCCUCGAAACCCUCCCUCAGGCUUUGCAAGUAUACGACGCAAUCCGUCGUCCGUUCUCCCAGAAUGUCCAGGCAAUGUCUCGCAUUACGGGGACGGUCUAUGAUCUCAAUGAUAAAGUUGUCGAAGAACUUGUUGGCCAUGAUGGGAUCUCAAAACCGCUAUCUGUAAACGAGCUGGAGAUACUCGGUCAAAAAGUGGAAGACCUGAUGUCGUGGCUCCGAUCUACGUCGGCUCUGGAUGAACGUGCAGCGGCACUAGAAAUGUUAAAGACGCUAUCACAGUAG